GCGAUCCCGGGCUCGCUCGCUUUUUUUUUAUUAUAUAUCAAUAUUAACCCUCCACACACACACACACACUCUCUCUCUCUCUCACACACACACACACACACACAGACACAGACACGGAGCAGCUCCUUGCGCCAUCGGCAGCCGCGGCGGGCAUGGCUCUCCGAGCCGCCUUGCAAGCGAUCCUCGGCUGCCUGCUCGCGGCUUCGGCCGAGAUCUCCAAGGAAGGAGGCUGCAAAGUGAAGACGGUGACCGUGUCCACCCUGCCCGUGCUCCGGGAGAACGACAUCAGCUUCCACGGCGCGCUGGCGGCCGAAUCCAAGCUUUACCUGUUUGUCCGCAACGACUUGCCCGGCGAGAUCUUGGUGGCAGAUGACCUAGAGAACACUGAGCUACCUUACUUCACCCUGGAGAUGACAGGGACAGUUGCAGAUAUCUCUUUGGUCCAUUGGAAGCAGCAAUGGUUGGAGAACGGCACCCUCUAUUUCCACGUCUCGAUGAGUAAUGCUGAACACCUCUCGCAGAUAACGCCACCGACCAUGCGGGAACCUUCGGAGAUAGUGGAUGAACAGAUGCAUGUCCUUCACGUCUCGGUCAUGGGAGGUCUGAUUGCUCUGUUGCUUCUCAUCCUCAUCUUCACAAUGGCGUUGUACGCCCGGCGGAGAUGGUGCAAGAGGCGGCGGGUGCCUCAGAAGAGUGCCAGCACGGAAGCCACUCACGAGAUCCACUACAUCCCCUCCGUGCUGCUGGGGCCGCAGGCCAGGGACAGCUUUCGGAACUCGAGGAUACAGGCCCACAACUCGGUGGUGGGGAUGCCUAUCCGGGAGACGCCCAUCUUGGAUGACUACGAUUGUGAGGAAGAGGAGAAUCAACUUCGCCCCGAAGCAUGUAACAGAGAAGACGAUUUUGGAAGCCAGGUUACUCGGACGCUGGAGAGUCUGGGCAGAGGAGAAGAGAAGAAGCCGAGUUUUGCAGCCGCUGAUGUGACUCAAGAGACAGUACAGUCAUUGAUGCAGAAGUUCAAGGAGAGUUUUCGAACAAACACGCCAAUUGAGAUCUCCCACCUGCAGCAGGCACCACGCAGCACAUCCACAGGACGAAAGAAAGGAAGGAGGAAUAAAAUUAGAGGUGGGAGUGGAAUUCUCAGAGCAGAAGAGGAUUCUGGUACAGAAGCAGAUGAUGAAACCCAUCUCACCUUCUAUUCUGAGCACAGGGGGAGGCGAAGGAGCAAAGGAUCUCCCAGGAGCCCCUUGAAUAGAACAGCCCUCACACUAAUCACUGUGAGCAGCUGUGUUCUAACCGUGGUGUAUGGAGGCCACUUGACAUGCCCUUUGAUGGUGAAGGUGACCCUUCAUGUUCCUGAGCACUUCAUUGCCGAUGGGAGCAGCUUUGUUGUCAGUGAGGGAAGCUUUCUGGACGUUUCAGACUGGUUGAAUCCUGCCAAAUUAUCACUGUUUUACCAAAUCAACUCAACAUCUGCAUGGACAAGAGACCUUUGUGGGCAAAAGACAUUGGAGCCUUGUGAACAUCUCUGUGAUGAAGAAACUGGUGAAUGUGGCUGUCAUGAUGGUUACAGUCCAGAUCCAAUCCACAAACAUCUCUGUGUGAGAAGUGACUGGGGACAAAAUGAAGGGUUAGUUCGACCAUGGCCAUACACAACACUGGAAAGAGGUUAUGACCUUGUGACAGGGGAACAGGCUCCAGAGAAGAUAUUCAGGUCUACCUACAGCCUAAGUCAAGGUUUGUGGCUGCCAGUCAGUAAAAGUUUUGUCGUGCCUCCAGUAGAGUUAUCCAUCAGCCCACUGGCCAGCUGCAAGACUGAUGUCCUGGUCACAGAGGACACAGGGGAGGUCAGGGAGGAAUCUAUGAGAUCCACGUAUUUUGAAACCCCAGAUGACCUCUUGUCCUCGUUUGGUCCUGUGCGUGACUGCUCCCGGGAUAAUGGAGGUUGCACAAGAAAUUACCGUUGCGUGACCGAUCGGAAGGUUGACUCCACAGGAUGUGUGUGUCCUGUGGGCCUGAGACCGAUGAGGGAUGGCUCUGGUUGCUUUGACUACACCAAGGGAAUUGAUUGUUCUGAUGGAUUUAAUGGAGGCUGCGAACAACUUUGCUUACAACAGACGGUGCCCUUAACUGAAGACCCCUCCUCCACCAAUAUUCUCAUGUUCUGUGGGUGUGUGGAGGAGUACAGAUUGGCAGCAGAUGGCAAAUCUUGCCUGCUCCUAUCGGAAUCGUGCGAGGGUGUGAAGUGCCAGAAACCCGAUGCCAAACUCAACGACACCCUCUUUGUGGAGAUGCUGCAUGGUUACAAUAACAAGUCGCAGCAGGUCAACCAGGGUCAGGUGUUCCAGAUGACCUUUCGAGAGAAUAACUUCAUGAAGGAUUUCCCUCAGCUGGCUGACGGAUUGGUUGUGAUCCCCCUUCCUGUGGAGGAGCAGUGUCGAGGAGUCCUUUCAGAGCCAUUGCCCAAUCUCCAGCUCCUCACAGGUAAUGCCAAAUACAAUGAGGCAACUGGCUACCCCAUGGUGCAGGAGUGGAGAGUGAGAAGCAAUCUCUACAAGGUUAAGCUCAAUUCAAUAACCCAAUCUGCAGGUUUCUCCAGUGUGUUGAAAAUGCUCAAGGGGGAGAGCAGCAGAGAGGACCUGAUAUCCGUCAUCCAACAGUACGGCAGUCACUACAUUGCUGAGGCUCUUUAUGGCUCAGAGCUCACGUGCAAAAUACAUUUUCCAAGUAAGAAGGUCCAGCAACAGCUUUGGCUCCAAUAUCAGAAAGAAACAACUGAAUUGGGAAACAAGAAGAUAAUCAAAUCGAUACCAUUCAUUUCAUACCUGUCAAGUUUACUGGGUGCCCAGAUGCUGUCAGAUGAACAACCUAUAACUGGUGUGGAGAUUGAGUGUGAGGAGAAAGGGCAAUGCCCCUCUUCAUGUCAUCUUUGCCACCGGCAAGGCAAGGAUCAGGCCAGUCCAACUCCUGUGCUGCUGGAGAUUACCCGUAUUAUACCACUCUACCACUUGAUAGAGGGCAACAUGACUAGGGAGGCCUUCAAGACUGCACUAAUGAGCUCCUAUUGGUGCUUGGGGAAGGGUGAUGUCAUUGAUGACUGGUGCAGAUGUGACCUGAGUGCAUUUGAUGAGGAUGGACUCCCAAGCUGCAGCCCGUUACCUCAGCCUGUGUUGAGACUCUCAGCAAGUGUAGAACCAUCAAGUACUAUGAUAGGCUUGGAGUGGCAAGAUGCUCAACCAGUGAUAGGAACGAAGAUAGCAGACUACAUCAUCCACUAUAAGAAAUUGGAUGAUUACAUCGACCCAAAUCUUUAUGCAGGGGAAUCUCUGAGCUUUGCAGAUGACCUUCUUUCAGGCCUGGGGUCCUCCUGUGUGGUGGUAGGGAAAAACCAUGGACUUGCAUCAGAGUCGACCACAUACUCCUUAAUUUUCAAGUGCCUGGAACCAGACAGCUUUUACAAGUUUACACUGUAUGCUUUGGACAGUAGAGGGAGACGAUCUGAACCAAGUGCAGUCACCAUGAGAACUACCUGCCAACUGAUUGAUGACAUCAAAGCUGAAGAAAUAGCAGAGAUAAUCUACAGUCUAUUCAAUGGCUACACCAGUGGGAAAGAGCAGCAAACAGCCUACAACAUGCUGAUGGAGAUCUCUUCCCCCAUGGUAUAUCGAGUGAUACAUCAUUACAACUCUCAUUAUGAAAAGUUUGGAGACUUUGGGUGGCGCAGCGAAGAUGAACUCGGUCCAAGAAAAGCUCACCUGAUUCUAAAACGACUGGACACCGUAAGUGACCGCUGUGCAUCUUUACUACACAGUGCCUAUAUUCAGAGCCACAUAGACUCAGUUCUGUAUUUCAUCUGUCGAAUGGAAGAAACCAGACCCACGGGGAUGGUCUGGUAUAGCACCUUACAUGAUGCAAAGGUGACUUGCGAUGAAAAACUCAUGUCCGUCCCUCGCAAUAUCUACGGAGACACUAAAUUGUGGUGAGAUGACGUUGCAAGUGAACUUUAAUCAUGUGCUCAACUUUUGAAAUUUUACAAGAAGCAAGGCAAAAAAAAAGAAUCUUCAUCUCAAACGAUAGUGGGAGCUUCAUCGGACAAUACAUGUGUAUAACAUAAGCCUUUCAGGCUUUGGUGCUUGUCCAACUGUUUAAUGAAUGACAAAACUGGAGCUACAUGAUUGUUGAUGUGAAGUGCUUAAUUCCAAUCAACUGUUUAGUGAACAGACAAGAUGUUGAAAGAGUGCAUCAAUUGGUGAACUGACCAAAAAUUCCCAGAAAGGUUAAUACAAAAUGUUGUAGCACUUUUUUUUUUGCUUUUUAUAAUUUGACCGAAGAAGUGAAUGCACAGCUUUUAACAAGAUGAUGCAGAAUUAUAUGAGGAAUAAUGGGUUUAUAAAAAUUGAACCAAGCAUGGGUGGAGUUGAUUAUUUUAACCGCCUUAAUUGAGAGCAGAGUUCAAUCAACUGACCAGUAUCAGAUAAAGAUAAUAACUUUUAGCAGUUAAUUCAGAAAUGUAGUCAUGACAGAUGAUUAACGAUUCAUGACUUGCAAAAGUCAGAUUAACAAAUCACUUGUAAAUAAUAAAAUGCACAAUGUACCACUAAUAAUGCACAGUGUUUUACCUUUUAUGGUGGAAAGAUUGAGGGAAAUAAAGGCAGGUGCAUAAGAAUUAGUUUUCAUUGUUUAUUGAGGAUGUAGUCUUUACUAAAUUAUAUCAGCAGGAAGCCUACAUUCUUUGCCCUUCUGACUGACCAAUAAAUGCCAUCAAUAACACAAGUUGUGCAUUGGUACAUGAUGGUAAGCAAUGAUGUUCUAAAAUACAUACUGACUUAAUUUUUCUGAUGGUAGCUGUAAAAUGCUGGCUUGAAACUUCCUAACAACGCUUUAACCUAGACUUUGAAAGUAAAUAGAAUAAAUGACUUUGAAAAGUGAAAUGGUUUCCAGUGCACAGUAGUAGUUAUCAUAUAUGUUGGCUAUUUUUUGAUUAAAUACAGAACCAUGGAUACUAAACAUAUCUUUCAAAAGACACCAGAUUGAAGUUUUGAUCUGGUUACACCAGUGUCAUCAACUUCAAUAAAGGAGGUAUUUAUCAAUAAGGUAA